AAAACUCACUAUCUAUCUCUCAACUCCACAGACAGAUUGUAUUUUGAUCAGAUUCGAAAGAUAAUCAUGUUCAAUCACGAAACAGUCAGGUAUGUCUCUACCACUGCAAUUCCACCAUGUAUUCAGGCAGAACCAACUAAGGUCGACAUAAUCGACUUAAAUCCAUGGGAUCUUAAAAUGCUUCCAUUUCCUUAUAUGCAAAGGGGAUUUCUGUUCACAGAUGAUACGCAGCACCACCAACAAGAAAAACCUGCAGAUGUCAUAAAUCACCUCAAAAAUUCUUUCACAAAGACACUUGAAUACUUUUAUCCUCUUGCCGGUCGACUUACAAUUAGAAAUCAUGAAGAUGAUGAUGAAGAAACCAGUAUCUCUAUGUACAUAGAUUGCAAAAACACUACAGGUGCAGAAUUCGUAUCUUCUAUUGCAGAUAUAACAGUAUCCGAUGUACUUGACUCAUCUUUUGCAGAUCCUUGUGUAGUUCAUGAAUGUUUCUUUCCACUAAACGGUGCGUUAAGCCAUGAAGGUCAAUCUCUUCCAUUACUUUCGGUGCAGGUAACUAAAUUGAUUGAUGGCAUAUUUAUAGGAUGCAGUAUGAACCAUACUGUCUGUGAUGGAACAUCUUUUUGGCAUUUCAUAGCUACAUGGGCAGAAAUUUCUAGAGGUGCUACUAAUUUAGAUCGUCCUGUUCUUGAACGAUGUUUUUUCAACACUGAUCCCCCAAUUCGAAUCCCAAUCUCCACUUUCCCACUUCUACCGCAGAGAUUUCCUAGAAUGACUAGUCCACUUGAAGAAAGGAUCUUUCAUUUUGAGAAAGAAAGUAUUGCAAGACUGAAAGCAAAGGCUAAUCGAAAAAUCAGCAUCAAUGACAGAAGCAGUACUACUACUGUCUCGUCUUUAUAAGCUCUGUUUGCUCAUAUUUGGUUAGCCACAACUCGCGCCAGGCAAGUAGAUCCAAAUGAAGAGACGAGUUUUUGGUUAUCGAUUGGUAACAGAUCUAGGAUGAAUCUGCCUUUGCCUGAAGCAUACUUCGGAAACUCGCUGCAGCAUGGUGUAGCAACUGCUAAGGCAGGUGAAUUGCUCGAGAAAGGACUUGGAUGGGCAGCUUUGUUAUUGAACCAAGUGAUUAUGUCUUACGACAACGAAAAAGUUCUAAGUAUUUGGAAAUCAUGGGUGGUGAAACCAAGUUUUAUGUUCACUGGUAAUCCUCCUCCCCCAAAGAACAUUUUGGUGUCAGGGGGAUCUACAAGGUUCAAUGUGUGUGACAAUGAUUUUGGUUGGGGCAAACCUGUUACUGUGCGGACUGGGCGCUCUAGCCACUACGACGGUAGGGUUAUUCCGAACAGGAAAUGGGGUAUAUAGCCAAAAACACAAGUUUUCUGGGCCAUAUGGACUGGUAGAAGUUUCAUCUGGGUCAAAUGGACAGUUCAACUUUUUAAUUGAAACUGACCCAAUUACCCUUUUGUAACUGCACGUUCUCCGUCUCCUCAACAAAACCACGUUCUCCUUCUCUCUUCAGAUGAAAACCGCCAACAUCCUUCGUCUUCAUCUUCUCACAAACUAGAAGAGGAACAAAUUCGUCCACUGUUUCCCUACACCAAAAACCAUCAGAAAUCGAUUUCCUCCACCGUCUCCUAACCAUCAACAGUAGCAGAUUCAUCAGAAACCAUCCAAAAAUAACUGCAUGACCUGUUACGCAUUGUUUAGA